AUGGAUUGCAAGGAGGGUUUUGUUGAUGUGUCUUGCUUCUUUCUAUGGGAAGGCAGUGCAGAUUCAGAGGCAGAUCAUCACACUGGCCCUCUGAAUGCAAACAACAGCUCUAAAAUAGAAAUAGCACUUGAAGCUGAGGAUGCAGAGUCAUGCAGCUCUGGCACACUUAGUGAUCAUGCAUUUGGUGCUUGUGAGGCUCUUGAUAGUUAUUGUAAGAAUGCCGAAGAGCGUCAGCAGAGUCGGUGUAGUAGCAAGGUGGGGCUGCAGUCAGAUGCAGGCUCAGGUUAUGAGGAAGAUGAAGAAGAAGAAGUGGAAUCAAAGAUGGUUUGUCAUGUUAACAAAAGCAUGGAUGAGAUGGAGGAGGAUAGGCUCUUUUGGGAGACUUGCAUGGCAGUAGGGUACCCAUCAUCAAGUCCUUAA